CAAUGAUUUUCUGAUAUGGCAACACUGAGAUGCCAACUGGGCAUGUGCAGGACUGUAAUGGUACUAGUAAUUAAUCAGGAUUGUUGCCAUAUCAGAAAAUCAUUGAACGCAACCCUCUGAUGAGAACGAUAAAUAUGUAAGCAAGCCAACGGUUGUAUUGGCUAUGUUAUUUGACUUAUGUGAGGGUAGUGAACAUCUAUUCAAGCAUUAGGAAACGUAAAGGUAAAGGACGUCCAAAGAAAGUUAGCACAGCUUAUCGCUUGUGAAUAUGCUGUUUGUUAUAUUAUAUGCUGGUUGAGAAAUGAAUGAUUUGAAGGGUGCCGAUCACAAUUUGGUGAUCAAAACUCAUUUGUUUUGUGAUCAUUUGUAUCUAAAGCCGUUUGGUGAUCAAAAAGCUUCAUAUCCCUUUGAUAUAUGAAUCAUGACCCUUUUACACUUCUGAGCCGGACUGCUUAUAACUUUUGAUGCAGAAGAUGAACUUCUUUCUAGAUUUGGUAUAUUAUACCAUUAGUGCUAUAGUACAAAUGUAUGAUGAGAAAUUUUAACAACGUUUCUUUUUCGCAGGGUUCGUAGCGGGUUUUCCAGAGGAUCUUUUGGAAAACUAACCAAAUUUUGGAUCUCUGAAAACUGACAUAGAAAUAGGUCGAUUUUUUUCCACAGAUCGAUAGUCCAGAUGUUCUCUCCAAAACAGAAACUAAGCGAACUCUUAGUUUUUCGUGGUUUAGGUGUGGCAUUGAGUUUCCUGAGAGUCCCAGGAUCACUAUUUCCUUAGAUGUGGUAGCUCCGACCACGAACGGAAACAUAGGUAGUCGACUAUGCUGAACCCCGUGACAACAUUUGUUUUUCAAAAAUAUUCCAAAAACCUAGUAAAAGCCUAUAUUUGAUGUAAUAAGACAUAUUUGCCUAUUUCCGAGUAAAAUUAAAAAAUUCUAGUUCUAAAAAACUUUAAUUUACAGGAAACAUAAUAUGUGUAUUCGUAUUAUUUAGUCCAUAGCCGCUCAUUGAGAUUGCGCCGACAAAAAAAUGAAAUACCUUAUCUUGGCUGGUCAGGUGUCAAUUCUAACCCAAGUGGUGGAAUACCGGGUGCGUUCUAUGGCUCAGGUCAUAAUCCAAACAGUGGUGGCUAUGCAAAUGUUCAUACAAUGAUAAAAAAUAUUGAGUCUCCAUCGAGUAAUAACUUUCAAGUAAGACCAAACUAUUAUGGAUCGAGAUAUAAUAAUAUUCGUGCGUCAUGGCAAGGAAAUCGCCUGUUAACUAGAUAUGCGCCAGGCAGUAAUGGAUGGUACGCAAUAGGAGGUGGUGGAGCAGUUUCAAAUAACUUAGCUGUUAGUACGGCGUCUCCGUUGGGAUCAACGGAGAGUCAAAUAGCAGAACAUUUAGCCGACACAAUAUCUUCACUGUCAAACUGUGGAAAAGUUCAUUAUGAGGAGGAGACAACUUUAGAUCUCGGCGAUAUGUCGGAUGAGUACGAUAGAGAGGAGGGAGAAAGUGCCGAAGACGAGUCAACUGAUGCUGGGGGGUAG